AUGUUGACAGUACAAUUUGGACAAUGUGGAAAUCAACUAGGGCACACAUUAUUUUCAAAAUUAUCAGCUGACAUAGAAUGUGUGAAUACAGGUGUAUCCUAUAAUACUAAUUAUCAAUAUUCAGAAGAUACAUUUAAUAAAUGGUUUAAUGGUAUUUCUAAACAAGGUAAACGUUUAGCAAGGGCAAUUCUUGUAGAUACAGAACAGAAAGUAAUAAAUAAAAUGUGCAAUGACACAACUAUUCCAUGGACGUAUUGGAACAAAAAUAUAAUUUGUCAAGCUGAUGGGGGUUGUGCAAACAACUGGGCAUACGGUUAUUUGAUAAAAGGAUACAAAUUGAGCGAUAUGAUACUAAAUGCAAUAAGACAAGAAAUAGAAAAAACUGACCAUUUUGAUGGAUUUCUUUUACUUUUAAGUUCAGCGGGUGGAACAGGGUCUGGUAUUGGGAGCAACAUUGCACAACUAUUGCGAGAAGAAUAUGAAACAAAAUCAAUUGUUACAACAACAAUAUUACCAUUUUCAUUUGGUGAAGUGUGCACCCAAAACUAUAAUACAUUAUUUACUUUAGCAAAACUGUACAAUCAAAGUGACAUGAAUAUUAUAUUUGAAAAUGAACAAAUUCAUAAUAUAUGUAAAAAUCUAUUACAAAAGUCAGCCACAAGUUUACAAGAUAUAAAUGAAAUUAUUUCAGAAAAAUUAUUAGCUGUUUUCCAGCCAAUAAAUCAUGCAAGACAUAGCAUAAAUUCAAUAGUGUCUCAAAUAGCAUCGCAUCCUUCUUAUAAAUUAGCAACAAUUAAAAGUACUCCACAUAUAAGUACAACAUCUUCUGAAUAUGAACCUGUAUGUAAUUGGAGUUCGUAUGUACAUCAUUUAAAACAAACACUUCGAAUGCCUAAUUUAAAUUCACAGCUGACUGAUCUUGAACUAAAAAUGCCAUCCGGUUCAAGAGGAAGUACCACACAUCAUGUUUACACCUGUUCAAUAUCGAAUAUUCUAGUAACACGUGGUCCUACAACAAACGAAGACUUUAUAUUACCUGAUGAAUUUAGAAAGAAACAUUUAUAUGCAAACUGGAAUACAACUGAUUGGUUUUCCCAUUUGCACCAAAAACGAAAACUGUUAAAUCAUGAUAAAUUUCUUGCUUUGAUUACAAAUAAUUCUCAAAUUUGUCAUCCUAUGAACAUACUUUUAGAUAAAACUUGGAAAUCUUACAUUCAUGCUGCAUUUUUGCAUCAAUAUAAACAAUUUGGCUUGGAAGAGGAUGAUUUUUUACAAGCAUUUGCAGUAGUUGAAAACAUUGUGAAAGAGUACAAGGAAUUAGUUCCACACGCAAAAUCAUAAUUAAUUUAAUUUUAUGAACUAUUUUUAAUCUUGAAUAUUUCUUUUACAAAUAAAAAAUUCAAAUACUGCAUACGCGAGAGCUAAGAAACGUGUAUGUGAGAGGGUAAUUAUGACGUCAUUAGAGAAUCGACCAACUUGCGACGCCGAAAAUGCAUACACAUGCGUCAAAAGAUGCAACGACGGCAGGGAGAAUGUAAAGAACAAAGGAAGAUGGAAUGAAAAUAUGAAGAAAAAAGGAGGAAUAGACCGAGGGCGGCUUUAAGUUCAACGUGGGGAGAGUGGGAUGAAACAGAACGGGCUACCCAGCUAAACACAUCCCUUCUACAACUUUUACAUGUUCUGCGCUUGUGCAAAGGGACGACCGAAUUCGUGGAACAAUAUAAAUGCAGAACGAAAAAGCCCUGACCGUUUCCGAGAAAUGAUGGAAAGACUUGGGAAUCGAUGGUCAUUUCUACUUCCUUAAAUAUUUUUAUAUCUAUCCCAGGAGAGUAAAAA